UAUGAAAUCAGCAUUGCUUCUUUUAGUCAUUGCUUUGGCAACAGCUUCAACAGUUACAGACCUUACUUAGAGAUUGUCAAACUAUGCCGAUCAUCCUUUUGGAUCUUCCAUGAUUAACUUAGUCAGUGUUAAUAUGAAAACUGGUGGAUCACUCAAUGAACUUAAAUAACUUCUCUAACAAAUCAAGGAUGAAUUAAUUGCACUUACACAAUUAUAAGAUUAAGAAAAUGGCACUUUCACAAGAAGAUCUCAAGUUGACCUUGCUAAACUAUAAGCCACACUAGAAUAAGCUUAAUAAGACCUUGAUAAUUAAAGAUAAGAAUAAUCAAGUCUUAGUAAUGAAUUGACUACCCUUUAAACCAGAGUUAAAGAAGAUUAAGCAGCCCUUGAUAGAAAUGGCAGAGGCAGCUCUGAUGCUUAAUCUAGACUUGAUGCUGAAAAUGCCGAUUUUGCUACCAAAUACUCUGAUUAUAGUGAUGCUAUCUUAGCAUGCAAAGAGGCCUAAAGAUUAUUACUUAAUUUAAGAGGAGAAGGUGCAUCUCUAAUUCAAUUAACGUAUUAUUAAAUAUUUAUAUAUAGUCAAGACACUAAGAGCAAUCUUAUUUAAACUAAAGAGAACUUCUAAAAGAUCAAAGAGAUUCUUGAAGCUCAUACAAAAAAGAGUUCACUCACUCUUUUCUAACCAAUUAUUGAAGGUUUGGCUGAAAUGACCACAAAAGUUAAUCCAGAAACUUUAAAUAAUGUUUUGAGUUUGGUUGCUAGAUUAAUAACUGCCUUAUAAGAAGGAUAAGAUUAAUUAGAAGCUAAUCAUAAGACUUAAGUAGAAAAUCUUAGUAGAUUGGGAGAUGAUUUAAGAAAUGAAAAGCAAACCCUUUAAGUUUCUUUAGCUACAGCCAACAAUAGACUUAAAGAAAUCCAAUCAAGAUUAAAUGAAUUAGAUGGUUUAAUCAAUAUCUCUAAUGCUAUUGUUGAAGUCACCUAAUUAAAUAUUUAGGAUGCUACUAGAAUCAAUGAAUUAGAAGAUUAAGAAUACAGCAAUCAAAAAGUUAGCAGGUUAUCUAUCAUUAUUAUUCUAGACAAACCGAAAUUGAUAUCGUAGAUAGAUUAAUUGAAUAUAUCAACCAAAAACUAUCAGAAUGAUU